AUGAAAGUGAGUUAUUAUGCUAUAGUGGGUGUCCCUGGAGAAGUACUGAGAUGGAAAAUUGAAGCAAGAAAGCGGUAUGUGGACUACGCCAAGAAAGGAACACAGCGGGUCCAUCAUGCCCGAGGAAUGAUCGUAGGAUGUGCUGGGGCCGGUAAGACCACACUUCUUAAACGCCUCCUGAGGUGCGAUGAGAAGGAGAUACUUCAAGUAAAGCCAACGGAAAGACUGGACGUCCACGAGGAAAUAUUUCAGAUUUGUGAUGAAACAAAAACUUUAAAAGCACUGAGUAUGAACGAAGACGAUGGAAAAGAUCAUUUUAACUGGAAUCAAAAUACUAAGAAGUUAAGUUUUUUUGACUUUGGGGGACAGUGUGUAUACUACGCCUGCCAUCAGAUUUAUCUAACUAGGAGGGCCUUCUACAUAGUGGUGGUGGACGCAUCAAAAUGUCUGGAUCAUAAGGUUGAUAAAGCUGUAUGUGAUCAAGAUGAUAGUGUUUUCAGUGGAUGGACAUACGGAGACUACUUUGUGUUCUGGAUAAAAUCUAUACACACAUACUGUCGUGCAGAGAAUGAAGGAGAUGAAAAACCUGCAGUUCUUAUUGUAGCGACUCAUUGGGAACACAGGAUUGAACAGUAUAAGGAUAAAUCUGUCUUCAUUGAAAACCUGCAAAGGCAGCUUCCUAAAAGAUUUAAUCUCCCAGAAUACCUCAGUGUGGAUAACUGUUACUGCGUCCAGUUUUCUGUUCCCAUUGAGAAUUUAGAAAAUCGCAUUGCAAAUAUCGCAAGCCAGUCAAAAUGGGAAGAAGAAAUUCCCAAAGAAUGGGCAAUGUUUGGAAUUCAUCUACAUUUUAGAAAAAAGGAAAAAAUUCUCAAUACAGCAAAUAUCAAACUUAAUGCUGUAAAAUAUGAUGACGUCCCUUCAACACAUGUAGAUGAAAAAACUAGUACGAGGAAACAUGAUAUGCUCCGAUUUUAUCAUGAUGCUGGUAAAGUUUUGCAUUUUAAUGAAGAUGGACUAAGAGAAUCUGUAAUUGUGGAUGUGCAGUGGUUUGUUGAUGCGUUCGAAAAUAUAAUCAUCGAUAAGCUACAUUUAAAGGGUAUUACUGGAACUUUAGAAGACUGGGAUGAGUACUAUCAAACUGGUAAUUUAAGAGAAAGACUCCUGGAGGCUAUUUGGAAAAAGAAGUAUGAUAUACAUAGUCGUAAGGAUCAAGUACUCCAUUUCAUGCAAAGACUCGGUUUAGUGGCUGUUGGGAAAGAGUCUUACUAUGUUCCAUGCAUGAAUCGUAAAGAAAUGGGGAUAAAAAUUCAAAAUGCGGUCCUCCAGUUUGAGAGCAGAUCAUCAGUUCUUGUGUAUCGAUUUAAUGUUUUACCUUUUUUCUUCUUUUUUCGCCUUGUUGUUGAGUGUAUGCAAGAAGAGGAUUGGGAUGUAAUCAAAAGCGAUGGAAUAUCGUUACUCUACAGAAACGCUGCUUUGUUUGCUUUUGAAGAAAACUAUAUUAUCCUCUCUGUCACAGCAGAUUCCAUACAGCUACAAGUUUUUCACUCCAAACCAGGACAAAACUUGGAUGAGGAAAAAACAUGUCAAAUCCAAACUACCAUAGAGAAACUACUUACUGCUAUUAUAGGAGCGUUUCACAGAAAACUAUUGUUUAAAAUAGGAAUUAGAUGCCAGGAAGACAAAAAGAAACCAUUUGCUAUGGAAAUUCAAGGUUAUUUCCUAGAGGAUAAUGGCACACAAUGGGAACAUACUACAAGCGAUCAAGUUUGCCCUCUACAUCGAAUGAAAGACACUCAUUUCAUCAACGCAUAUGAGUUGAAAAAAUAUUGGAAGUUUGAAGUUUGA